AUGAACCUGCUGACACGGGUCAUGGCGGCGGAGGAGGACCACAUCGAAGAGGCGCUGCUUUACCACCUGCGCCUCUACAAUGUCGCCCGAAAACAACACGACCUGCCCAUCAUGGGCCAGCCGGACUUUAGAGAUGAAGCCCAAGCGCAGGCGCUGCUCGAUCGGUUGUUCCUGCCGUGCCUGCCCUUCGGUGAGCGGGUGGCCGACACCGAGUGGUCGACGAGCCGUCUGUUCGGGUGGUUCUUUCUCGAGGAGAGUGCCAACGGCGGCCUCGCAUUCCUCGACUUUGACGGUCCUCUGCCGCCCGAAGCGCAGGAAUGUGAAACAUUCUUCAACGCGGCUGCGACGGCGCGGGACAAGGAGAGCCUGUUCGUGGUCCUUGCGCCGCUCGUGUUAAGUCGCUUCAUCGCAGAUGGUACCGAACCGGUGUCGGGGUUGCCUGCACGCGCCACACCCACUGGCCAAGCGCUCGGACCGAACUGGUGCUCCUCACUCUCUUGCGCUUCAUCCAUGCUCUAUGGUGGCGGCAGAAGCAACAUCCCGGAGACGACGGUCGAGCUACUAGCGAGUGUUGUUCUGGGGAGCAGCAACCAGCAGGUGCUUUUGGGUGCGCGACUGACGUACAUUCGACGACAGAUCUGCUUGAAGUGGACUCAUGGUGGUGGUGGGUUAUCUCUCGUGGCUGCUCCGCGUGCCGCGCUCUUGAUAGCGGGCCUGGAGCUGGUCAGGGAACUGGUCACCGGAGGCAGCGGAAAUGACUCUGGCGCGUCUGAGCUCUAUCCCGAAGGCGGAGGCCGCAAGCUCGGCCUGCGCCUGUUGUCGCUGAGCGAUCGCGGCGGCGCACCAUCUGAGGUGCGCGAGCUCGCCAUCGACUGCCUGCACCCCGCCAACAUCAGCCCUGACUUCGAGCUGCGCGGCGAAUACCUCAACCUCACGGUCUUCCACCGCCGCAAUGAGGGCGAGCCCUUCGCCACGGAUCACCUGGACGUGAUCUUGUCGAUCCUCACCCACGAAGACAAAGCAGCGCAGCGCACUGCUUCCUACUUGCUGGACUCCUACUUGUCGCAACCUGGCGCCUCGAUCACAGCCGAACUCUUGCCAAGGAUCGUCUCGGUGCUGAUCGCCAACACGCUGCUGAGCAAACCGGGCGUGCCGCCGCUCGUCGGCCUGUGCCUGGAUCACUGGGUGGAGCACUCCGCCGCGCUCGAGGGCUUCCUCGCGCGGCUACCGGCGGACCUGAGCGCCAAGCUCGCCAACCAUCACAAAGACGCGCAGCGCGGGGAUGUAGCGAGUCGAGAGGAGAGCGAGGCCGUGCGCGAAGUGAGCGCCAUGUGCCUGGAGCGGAUGGCCGCCGACCAGCCGGAGCAGGUGGUGGCGGAGGUGUGGCAACAAGUCGCACCGGGCCGAACCGACCACUUGGUUGCGCCUCACAUGGAGCUUCUCAUUCAGUCGCUGGCCGAUCCUGUGGCCGAGGUGAGGGCGACCAGUGCCUGGACCCUCGUGUUCUACGUCCGAUUGGUGGCGGACGGCCGCCUGCCGGCGAUCGUCGAGGCGCUGCUGGCGAUGGCCAGGCGCGACGACGCCAAGUCCUGCCAAGCCGCCACCAGCGCGCUGGUCGACCUCCUGAUGAUUACCCCGCCGCUGCUGGACGAAGAAACGCAGACGACGAUCGUCAGAGAGGGGCUCGCCAUAUGGGACAAUCCACCUAGCCAGAAGGCGGGCCAGCGGGUGCUCGACGUGUUUUCUGCGUGGGUGAGGUACGGGUCGGCGGGCGAGCAGAGCCGCGCCGAGCUCGUGCCCGCGCUGAUGGACCCCAGCACGCUCGAGAUGCAAACCGGCAUCUUCCACAUCUUUGCCAACUUGGCCGACCAAGGCACGUGUUGCGCGGUGUGCAACAUUCCGGCGUCGUUGGUCGCAGAGGUGGUGAACGCGUGCGUGAGCCCCAUCGGAGACCACGUCCAGCAGGGCGACGACGACCAGGAGCUCCCUACUUACCGGCUGCGCUGGGCGCUUCGAGUCCUGAGCACUCUCAGCCGAGACCCCAGGGGCUACGAUCUGUCAGUCCUCGUGGCUUCGCCUGACCUCUUCGUCGACGAACUCAUCAAGCCGGGGCUGAAAAUCCUGACGGUGGAGACACUGGAGGACUGCUUCACCGUGCUCGACCACGUUAUCGAGCAUUGGCCCCAGGCGCUCGCACCCAGGCACAGCCAGCUCACGCCCUCCCUGUUCAACUUCGUGCUUCGCCUGCCCCACCCGCGCGCCACCCUAUUCCCCCUCUUAGUUCGGAUGGGGCUGGCCUAUGCCACGCCUGAGAGCCGGCCACUGUCCGACUACGUCUCGGCCGACACGUUGGCCGCGCUGCCGUUGGGCGUGCUGCUGGCCUGGGCCGACGUCCUGCUGCCCGACAGCCCGAGCGAACUGCUCCGCGGCCUCGCCCGCCAGCCCGAGUCCAGCGCGGACGACACGGACGACACACGCGACACGCAACACGCGGCGCAGCUGGUCCAAGCGCACGCGCGGGUAAUUGUCGAGCUCUUGACCACGCAUGCUGGCGACUUGCCCGACACGUUUGGCGCACGCGAGCGCGCGGCAAUGCUGCGCGUGUUCUGUCACCACCACCACGCCACCAACCAACCGACAUCGGACCUGGCGACGAGGGCGCUCGAGCUGCUGCUUGCCGGGGACGGCGAGGCCGUGGCAGCGGAGCUCAUAGCAACCCUGCCAGCGGCGGAGCGCAGCGCUCUCGCGCUCACCGCGCAGCAGCUGAUGCCAGUCGGCCACGCCUUCUCUCGCUUGCUCGCCUAA